CAGGAGAUGGGGCACCCCUGGGGCCCCCACAGCACCCCGGCCCCGGCGGGCACCACGGCUGUACCCGGGCUCAUUCCAGACCUCAUCGUCAGGCUCCCCUGGCCCCGCUGGGUGCUCAUUGCCCUCGCUGUGGCAGCUGGUGUCCUCACGGUCUCCUGCAACCUCUGUGCUGCCCACAGGAAGAGGCCCAGGGACAGGGAGGCUGUGGGCCUGGGUGGUCCUCAAGGGACCACCACCGGCACCUACCUGGUGCAACCGGACAUGGAUAACUUGGAGACUGCCCCGGGGGGCCCCCAGCACUGGGGGCGCCUGCAGCUCUCCCUGGAGUAUGACUUUGGAAGGCGGGAGAUCAAAGUGGGCCUCAAGCAGGCUACAGACCUGAGGGCCUGUGGUCCGGGCGGCACGGUGGACCCCUAUGCCCGAGUCAGCCCGUCCAGCCAGGCAGGGCACCGCGGCACACUCUGCCCCACGUUCUAGGGGACCUGCUGCUUCCACAUGCUGCAGGAAGAGCUGUCUCAGACCACCCUGCAGGUGUGGGUGCUGAGCUUCAGGCGCUUCUCUGCCCACGAGCCGCUGGGCAGUCUCAGCCUGCCACUGGGUGCCAUCGACCUGCAGCACGUCCUGGAGUAGUGGUGCCAGCUGGGCCUGCCGGGCGCCACCGAGCCCGAGCGGUCUGGAGAGCUGUGUUUCUUGCUCCGGUACGUCCCCAGCUCGGGCCGGCUAACCGUGGUGGUGCUGGAGGCGCGAGGCCUGAGCCUGGGCCUGGCAGACCCCUGCGUGAAGAUCCAGCUCAUGCUGAACCAGAGGAAGUGGAGGAAGAGAAAGACUUCGGCUCGCAAGGGCACAGUCCCCCACUUCAACGAGGCCUUCACCUUCCUCGUGCCCUUCAGUCAGAUCCAGAGCGUGGAUCUGGUGCUGGCUGUCCGGGACCGGGGCCCACGGGUUCGGGCUGAGCUGCUCGGCGCCCGGGCCUCUGCAGCCUCUGGGCAGCCUCUGCAGCCGCGGGCAGACACGCUGGCCCACGCCCGGCGGCCUGUUGCCCAGUGGCACCACCUGCAGCCGGCCGGGGAGGUGGACCAGGCUCUGGCCCUGAAGCCCCGCCCGCACCUGCCCUUGCCUGGCCCACGGGACUGA